AUAGCCUCGGCCUACCCCUCCCCCUCUCUCUCUCUGCGUGUUUCUCUCUCUCCAUCAGUUUCCUUCACUUUCUCGGAGAUUUUUGUUUUCUCGGGAAAAUACUGAGGGAAAGGAAAGGAAAGGAAAGGAAAAGAAAGGAAAGGAUUCGAAGUCACUCAGACUCACCUCACCUCCUUGAGCUGCUGAAGCGACGGACGAAGCUUCACUGAUUCUCGCCAUUUUUAUUCCCUUUCGCUUUUCUCUUUUCCGGUGAAAGGUGGUGCUCCACAGCCACGGUUGCUCUCUUUUCUUUGCAACUUUCCGAUAAAAUAUCUCUUUUUCUCUCUCAGAGUCACGCACGCCUUGCGGCUGUGCUUUCCGUGCUCUCGAGUUCUUGGCCUCCCUAGCCGCUGCUGCUUCACACGGUCUAACAAAUCAAAUCCUCGGUCUCCUCAGAAAGCGUUUUUCAUUCGCUUUCCUUUUUCUUCUUUUGUCGUUGCUUUCCUCGAAAUUUCUCUCGCUUUAGCGGCUUUUUCACCGGUAUUUAUAUCGGACUGGCGGUGGUUUUAUCUCCGUUUGAAGCUCUUGCUCUCAAUGCGAAUCUGAGAUUUGUGCGCAUAAAUGGAUCCAAAUAUGCUGUGUCCAGUGAAGUACAGUGAGCACAAGAGGCAAACCUGCUUGGUCCGGUCGUCGCCGCUGGGAGCUGUCUCCGGCAGGAGGAAAUCGCCGGAACUAAAUGCCGCCGGUCCGAGAGUCGUGCGGAUAUCGGUGACCGACGCCGACGCGACGGACUCGUCCAGCGACGAGGACGACGGAAUGUUCCGCCGGCAAAGAGUGAAAAGGUUCGUUAACGAGGUCACUAUCGAGACGUGUUCGUCGACGGCCAGGCCGGUGGUGCCUGGGGCCGGAAAUCGCCGGAGAAAGCUGGCAGGAAAUUCUCAGUCUCCGGCGAGACGGUUGAGAGUGACCUCCGGGAGAAAGUUUCGCGGUGUACGACAGCGGCCUUGGGGGAAAUGGGCGGCGGAGAUCAGAGAUCCGCUGCGACGUGUACGGCUGUGGUUAGGCACCUACGACACAGCCGAAGAAGCCGCCAUGGUUUACGACCACGCAGCGAUUCAGCUCCGUGGCCCCGACGCGCUCACCAACUUCGCCACGCCGCCGGCCCAACCCGACGCGCCGGAAACCAACCCGGCGUCGAUUUGUUCCGGCUACAACUCGGGCGAAGAGUCUCACAGCAACAACAAUAACCUCCCCUCUCCCAAGUCCGUCCUCCGGUUCCACUCUCCGGCCACCGACGAACUCGAGUCGACUCAUCAACCCAAGCCCGAGUCAUCCCGCCCACUCAACGAGUUCACCGAGGAAAGCCGAGAUCUCAAAGAAGACACAUUCGAGACGCUAUUUCCGCCCCCGGAGGACAUAUUCGAUUUCCAGAACCCGUUACCCGUACCCGACUUGUUUAAAGAUACGGGUCUGGAAGAAAACCUGUUCAGCGAGGAUUUCACCGACGCGUUCCUCGGGUCGGGAUUCGACUUCGGUUUCGGGCAGUCCGCGUGGCCGCUAGACGAUCAUUUCCAAUUUCAAGAUAUCGGCGAUAUAUUCACAUCAGACCCUCUCGUGGCUCUCUAAAUAUCGGCAAAUUUUGUUUUGUAUGGGCGCGGUGAAUAAAGUUAUCCACCGGCUUGGGCUUUGCUCAA